UCUAGUAGCUGUAUGAUAUCCAUGCAUUUAAUUUUCUCAAGGAAAGGAGAAACGUGCGAGAAAUGAAAGGAUUGAUUGGAACUAACUAGGGUUUAUCCUUGAUCACUGAUCAGGCGAGAGAGAGAGAGAGAGAGAGAGGAGGGGGAGGAAUGGAGGAUACCUCCUCAUCAAAUCCUUUGGUCUGGGAGCGGGAGGGACCGGCCGGGCAGGGGCAGGGGCAGCAGUGCGGUGCUUUUGGUGUAGCAGCCGCCGCAUCGAAUCGCAUCGUCAAAUUCCUCAUCAAGCAAUCCCCUCUUGCAACAAGCUAAACAUCCUCGCCUCCUCCCUCCUCCUCGGAAUCAACCCCUACCCCCACCCAAAUCGACCAUCCAUCGAUCGACUCCUGUUACCUAGAAUUCUGGAUCGAGGAUUCGAGAUUCCUAGUUCCUCCCGUAGAUAGAUUCAUAGCAUAGCAUAGAUGACGCGCCGCGCUUGCAUGGGACCGCCAUGCGCCGCCGCCUUUCCCCGCCGUCGCCUCCUCUUGGCGUCGUGACGAGGAGGAGGACCACAAGGGCCAAAGCCAAGGCCAAACACCACCACCACAGGGAAAGGAGGACGAGGAUGGCCGACAGCGGCGGUCUCAGCGCCAACAACGCCGCCGCCGCCGCCCACGACGAAGACGAUGCAAACACCACACCUUUCCCCGACACGGUCCAGGUGGGAGGAUCUCCCGAGUACAAGGUCGACAGGAAGCUGGGUAAAGGUGGAUUUGGCCAUGUCUUUGUUGGCCGUCGUCUAACUGGUGGCCACACUGCACGCCCAACAGGCCCCACGGCUCAAGAGGUUGCCAUCAAAUUUGAGCACACUAGCAGCAAGGGAUGUAACUACGGCCCUCCAUGCGAGUGGCAAGUCUAUGCUGCUCUAGGAGGCACACAUGGCGUGCCCAAGGUGCAUUACAAAGGCCGCCAGGGUGAUUACUAUGUCAUGAUUAUGGAUAUGCUUGGGCCUAGCCUGUGGGAUUCUUGGAAUUCACUAGGUCAAUCCAUGUCAUCAGAAAUGGUGGCCUGUAUUGCUGUAGAGUCCAUUUCCAUCCUGGAAAGCAUGCAUUCGAAAGGAUAUGUACAUGGAGACGUCAAACCUGAGAACUUUCUUCUCGGUCAGCCUUCAACUCCCCAAGAAAAGAAACUUUAUCUUGUGGAUCUUGGAUUAGCAACAAAGUGGAGAGAUCCUGCUAGUGGACAGCAUGUUAAUUAUGAUCAACGUCCCGAUGCCUUCAGAGGAACAGUCAGAUAUGCUAGUGUCCACGCACAUUUAGGAAGAACUGCAAGCAGGAGAGAUGAUUUGGAAUCACUGGCUUAUACACUAGUAUUUCUUCAUCGGGGCAGGUUGCCAUGGCAAGGAUACCAGGGUGAUAAUAAAUCGUUUCUGGUGUGCAAGAGAAAAAUGAGCACCUCACCCGAGAGCCUUUGCGGCAUAUGUCCUCAACCUUUCAGGCAGUUUCUUGAGAGUGUUGUCAACAUGAAGUUUGAUGAGGAGCCAAACUACUCGAAAUUGAUUUCUUUGUUUGAUAGUUUAAUUGAACCAAACCCUUCCAUCAGACCAAUCAAUACCGAUGGAGCCCAAAAGGUUGGGCAGAAGCGUGCCAGGUUGCCUAAUGAUGAUGAUGGCCAUGUAAAAAAGAAGAUUCGGCUGGGUGUUCCGGCAACACAGUGGAUUUCAGUAUACAAUUCCAGAUCACCCAUGAAACAGAGGUACCACUAUAAUGUGGCUGACACAAGAUUAGCGCAACAUGUUGAGAAAGGAAAUGAGGAUGGUUUGCUGAUAAGUUCAAUAUCAUCGUGCGUAGAUCUUUGGGCAAUCAUUAUGGAUGCAGGAACCGGCUUCACAGCUCAAGUCUAUGAGCUGUCUCCACAUUUCCUUCACAAGGAAUGGAUUAUGGAACAGUGGGAUAAAAGUUUCUACAUUAGUUCUGUUGCUGGCUCGAACAAUGGAAGUUCUCUUGUAGUGAUGUCCAAAGGCACGCCGUAUACACAGCAGUCUUACAAAGUCAGUGAUUCCUUCCCAUUUAAAUGGAUAAACAAGAAGUGGAAGGAAGGUUUCUAUGUCACAUCAAUGGCAACAUCAGGCAGUCGAUGGGCCAUAGUCAUGUCCCGCAGUGCUGGAUUUUCUGAUCAGGUGGUGGAGUUGGACUUUCUGUACCCAAGCGAGGGCAUCCAUAGACGCUGGGACAACGGCUAUCGUAUCACUGCAAUGGCUGCCACAAUGGACCAGUCUGCGCUGAUCCUAAGCAAGCCAAGGCGUCGCCCAAGAGACGAGACACAAGAGACUCUGCGGACUACACAGUUUCCCAGCCAACAUGUGAAGGAGAAGUGGGCCAAGAACCUUUACCUUGCUGGGAUCUGCUAUGGGCGAACCGUGGCCUAACAUCGUCAGUUGCUGACCUACCAUGAGUUUUCGUCCUCUGUUACCGGCACCAGCUACAGGGGCACUCACUGUCGUUGUCCUUGUCCUUGUCCUUGGAAGAAGAUAAAUUCUGAUGUGUAUGUAUCUGAAUCUGUUUGGGUCUCUUACUUAAUCAGGGAAGGCUAGGGGUACAGAUGGAGUAGCGUAGCUUCUGGUCAGCCAAAACGUGCCACUCUGGUUCUGGUCCAAUAAAACGAGCUUGUCAUGCA